AUGAGUGGAAACCGAAGGAAGAACAAUGUUAAGGCUGCGAGUAGCGCAAAAGCUGCUGAGCUUCUCUCUAUGUCUGGUCACUCUGUGUCUUUUCUAGGAAUUGACGGUUCUUUAGCCGCUCAGAGUCAAGAAUCCAAUGAUUUUGAACCGGGAUCAGAACUGGAUCCAGAGUUGAUUGUAAUCUUCAAGAAGAUGGCCAAGAAAGACCCUCAAACCAGAGAGAAGGCUCUUCGUGAAAUAUCAAGUGUUUUCCUUCUGAAAGAUUUGACUGAGAAGAAGGCUUCGUAUGACUACUUUGCCACAAUAUUUGACAAAUUAUCAUUGGACAGUAGUCCAUCCGUACGAUCGUUAUCUAUCAAAGUUCUUAGUCUUUUCAUAAGUGAAUUGAAGAAGUAUGCAGAAAAGAAAUUGGAUAAAGUAAUUCCAUUUGUAUUGUUUGCAACAUGUGAUUCGUUAACCAAUGUCGGAAACAGUGCCGAUAGUCUGUUAGAGAACUGUUUCUCUAAUAAAUUAGAUAAGAUCACACAGUUGUUCUCGAAGGAUGCUGCCAAUGUGAGCAUUUCACUUCUUCGUCAGAAAAGUCCAUUGGCAAUUCCACAAAAAUUUGAUGAGGGAGAGAACUCGAAGCAGAGAACCCACAGGCUUGUAGUUCAAUCAACCAGAUUCUUAGCAAAGCUAGUAGAGCAAGCAUCAGUUCAGCAAGAUAUAAUACAAUGUGUUAACGAGCUGUUGAAAGAUAAUAAUUACAUUUCCACGAUGUUAAAAGGAAAUGCUCAACUCCAGAAUUCCUUCAUUCGGUUGUGUACAAUGUCCAAAGACUUCGAACAGAACGUUCUUGAUAGUGUGUUAGUGAACUAUGUCAUAUCAAACUUGGAUAAUGAACUCCUGGGAAAGUCCUGCUUUGAGCUUCUACUCAGCCUGAUACAGAAUGAAAAUUUUGGUGAUAAAGUAGAUGUCAGGAAGCAGGUUAUACCUAAACUUCUGUUCGUCAUUCGUCGAAAAACUUGUGCCACUUACAACUGUUUCCAUUACUACUUACCCAUUGUCAUCUCCAUUAAUAAACUAAUCUCUGACGAAGAAAAAGAAAUGUUCUCAAUCAAAGUUCUUGAAUCUUACAUUGAGAACAUGCCUUUUGAGAGUUCAGCCUUAAUAUCUCCAUGGAGCAUCUCGUUCUGCGAAUCAGCACGUUAUGUCUUGAAAAAAUUCCCCAACAGUGAAUGUAUCACUUCCAUUUUUGAUAUUGUUAACAAUGCUAUUGAAUGGAGUCAUGAAGAUCCAUCUGCACGGGAAGAGAUACUGCGGUUAGUCGUAGAGCUCGGUGUGUACCCACAGUUCGGGCCUUUCUCUAGAAACUUGCAAUACAACUUGAUUAACACGUUACCUCGUUCUGAGCCUUUCGUUGUCGACCUCAUCAAUCUGUGCGAACAGAGCUUCUUAGAGGUUCAUUUGUCUAUGUUGAAUCUACCAACGGCAACACCUCAAUACUAUAAAGGCUUGAGAAACUGCACAGAUAGUUAUUUGGAGAGAAUUUCUGUGGACCGAAAAUCCUUUGUCAACGCGAUCUAUUCUUUGAGUCUCACUUGCAAAGAUAACCUCGAAGGAGUUAUUAUUCUUUCUGAAGUUCUUACUAGGAUAGCUAGUCUUUACUCUGUCCUUCCAGAUAAGUUCAUGUCAGGAGAAAACGGAAAAAUGAAGAGCUUGACAGAUAUCGAGCUUUGGACUUUGGUGGCGGUCUGUCGGUUGUCUCAACCUGAGUAUGAAAAAUGCAAAAAACUGUUGAAUAAGUGUAAACCCAAUGUUUACAAUUGUUUGUCUCGUUUGGGACUUCUACUGUUCGAAAACAACAAGUUGGAGGAAUUAGACAUCAUCAUUGAGAAACUGAAUGUAGCUGAGAAAGAUUUACUUUUCGUUCGUCUCUGUAAGAGCUCUAGAGGAUCAUUUAAAUAUCUGAGUGAUUGCUUGUCCAGCUGUAACUUAUCAGAGAAAACAAGAGACAAGUUGUGGGAGCAUGUUUUCAAAUCCACUUACAACAAUGAUGUUUUCGAAUGUGAUGAAACCCUCGACGCCGUUAUCAAUUCUGUUGCCAAUUGCGAUGUCAUUCUAAACAAAGACUUGUAUCUUUUGAAAUUCCUUUUGGAAAGUCAGAACCAUGGAGAUGCGAGAGUACUGACCAAGAUGUUCUCAUCGUAUGGAAACACAUUCAACAGAACUCUCUGCACGGAACAGCUCAUACUCAGCAUCAUUGAAGUUCUUGAUUGUCAUAUAUACCCACAGUUGCUGUCAGUGUCAGCUGGAAUAUAUUCAAACUUGGGAGGGAACAACAGGAAAAGUUGGAAAAAGAAAAUGACUACACUUUCCCUGCUCUACAGUAUAGCUCGGAUUGUUUUGAACGAAAAUUCAACUAAUGAGCAGAGAGAUCUAUUCAGUUGUAUCGUUGUGAUUGCUCUCCCUGCACUAUCUUACAUCAAAAAAGAUCAUUUGGAGAGACCUGAGUUCCAUCGGUAUCUUGAAGAUGUAUCCAUGAGUGAUAUUGAGAACAUUGACUUCACAAACGUUUUGGCGCGUGGUUUGUACAGCUUACUCAAGUUUGCUCCUGUCAAUUCCCUCACAGUUCUUCAAACUUUACAUUCUUUCCCUAGAGUAGCUGCAAAUUUCAAAUUAACUUCCGACUAUAAUGAUCUUCCGAAGAGCAUCAAACAUAUUCUUCACAUUCCAUACAACAGCGAUAAUGAAAUAGAUAGUUUAGUCAUGAGAUACCACUCUGAGUUCUAUGAUAAUCCAGAAGAAUUCAUGAGAGUUUUACACGAAGCGAGUAAAUUGGAUUGUUUACAGAAUCUUUUCUGUGUAAUACCUGAAGAAGGGAUUAUGAGUUUGAACUUGUGUGCUUUGAUUGCCGGUCGAAAUUGCAUUUCCUCCUGUACACCAGAGAACUUUGAAGAUUAUGAUCAGGAUAUAUUGGACUUCAUUCUUUGUGGAGUUGUCACAGCUAUGACGUCCCUAGGACAGCAAUUUGUGAACGACUUACCUAACACAUUUGCCAUCAACAGCUUUUUCUCAUUGGCGUUUGAUCUGUAUACAGCUACUACGAUGUUGUUGAGGACAUUAGAUACAGCAAAUAUGAAAACGAAAGCUCUGCUUGCCGAAUGGAACCAAUUUCAUUUGCCAACCAUUUGUCCAUUCAUUUACCAAUUCAUGGGUCACGCUAAUACAUUUGAACAGAGGGCCUAUUUCUGUCGCACAAGUUUUGUGAAAGCUCUCAUCGAGACUCGCGUCUUCCCAGAAUAUAUUGAGAGGAAGGAAGGUUACAAAUGCAUUCCUGAGUUGGAACUUCUAGGAUACUCACCAACCAAGCAAUAUCUUAUUAGUGUCGCUGUUGAUUGUGUUUUGUCCAAAAGCUCUGACAAGUACAUGACUUUUGCUGGAUUGCAUGUUUUAGAAAUGUUAUGUGUGGAAAUGUAUCGCCAGGAAAAUCCCAUAUGGAAAGAACUUCAAGCUGAUGUAGGAACGAAACGAAAGUCUAAUGUUCCUCAUGCCCUGGUUACCUUAUUACGUGCCCAGACUACUGCUUGUUUGGUGUCAAUUGGAGCGUUAGAAGUCUUAUUAACAAUAUUAGAAAGCUUCGGUGAUGUGAAUGAAGAACGAGUAGCCUUCUGCGAUGCAGUACGUCCAUUCGUUUCCGUUUUCUUAGAACCCUACAUACUCUUUACCCAAAAGGAGGAUGCUAGAGAACCUAUGAAGAGAGUUUUGUACGUCAAUGACAAAAUUCAUGAGAGGAGUGUCAUUCCUGUUCCAACUAUAGUUUUCAAUGUGUUGUAUAGAGUCUUCCGUUCAUUGCCAGCUAUGAUUCGUGGUUGGUUUGCUUCCCUGAGCCAUCAAGAUAGAGGAAGAAUAAAUCCAUUAUUUAUCAAGGAGGCCUUCUCUGCCAGAUUAAUAGACGAAGAGUUACGGCACGUUGUGGAAACAGCACGUGUUAUGAACCAGAAACAAGACAACCUUAAGAUCAAAACUAUCUUCUUGUCGAGAGAAGUUGUGGCAGAGUAUACAGUUGACGAUACAGUUAUGAAACUGAUGAUUCGGCUCCCAGCGGAUUACCCCUUGAAUCUUGCCGAAGUUGAACUAGAAAAGUCUGUUGUUGCAAAUGAAAGAUCGAAGAAAUGGCUCUUGCAGCUUAUGUCAUUCUUGCAUUAUCAGAACGGCCCUGUGAUUGACGGAAUUUUGAUCUGGAGGAAUAAUGUAGAUAAGGAUGUAGAAGGCAGCGAAUCUUGCUCUAUCUGUCUUAUGGUUGUUAAUUCAAGUAGUCAUCAACUCCCAAAGGCGAGGUGUAGACAAUGCAAAAACAAGUUCCAUUCUAAUUGUCUUUACACAUGGUUCCAAUCAAGUGGCAAAGAAACUUGUCCUCUCUGCCGAAAUCAUUUCUUGGGGUCCAGGUAA